CUACUUCACGCUAUAAGUCGCCAUUGUUUGCAAACUGGAGAGGUGGGCGGAGGCACCACACCGCCAUUUUGAAACGGGUCCAAAAGUGACGGGAUGCGUAUGAAUGAUCCGCAUUUGUAGACGUACGGAAUCGUAGAGAAGUCGCUGUGGACUGUACAUUUCAAAGGAAAGCUAUUUGUGUUAACCUGACAGGACGGAUUGACGCAGGACGAGAUGGCCCUCAAGAUCUUCGUCAUAUGCGCAGUUUUCAUCAUCAAAGUGACGAGUGCCUCGGACCCGUGGACUACAACAGCUAAUUUGAGCAGGCUUUUGACUGAUCAUUUUGGGGACAACCGCCACCAUGUCACCAACCCUGACGGCAAAGCUGCUGCCUUUCAUUUCAUCAAAGACACUUUCACGAGCUACGGCUUGCAGGUGAUAGAUGGUGACUUCAACACGGACAACUUAAACCUGAAAGGCAUCAAUGUAGCAGGAAUGUGGCCGGGCCGUCUGACCGGGACCCGCCUGGACAGACCCAUCGUGCUGACGGCUCACUAUGACAGUUCUCGGGGCAAGGCUGCCGUCCAAGACAACGGGUCCGGCCUGGCCGCCCUGAUGGAGGCCGCCCGACUCAUCACGUCCCAACCCUGCAUCCAGGACUACCUGGUCGUGUUCGCUGCCUUUGAUUUUGAGAUAAAAGAGAAUCCAGCGGAUCACACUGACGCGGCAUGUUACAAAGGGUACUGCGGGAGUAAGGAUUUCGUUCAACAGUACAUGUUGCGGUAUCUGGAUUCUGUUGGCGUCAACGUCGCCAACAUCAACGGCGUCAUCAUCAUGGACUCCAUCCUCAACUUUAACGGUACCCUGGGGGCGCAGACACUUCCCCCAAACUCCACAGAGAGUGGCCACGCCUGGCCUUUCCAAGAAGCUUCUUAA